CCCUGCAAGCUAAAUAUUGAGCGUGUUUGAGGCUCCUUGCUGCCUGAGUGUCCUUUGUCCCUCCUCUCUCCGCAACAGCCCCAAUGACAGCGGAGACCCCCGGACCCAUGCCAUCCUGAUCCCGGCCCCAGCAUGCCGGACACAGAGCCGGACAGAAGCAGGAAAGCCCAGCCGGAGGGAGAAAAGACAGACCCGGCUGGCAGCCAGCAUGGCACGGCUGGGGUCCUGGAUAAGCUUUUUGGAAAGCGCCUCCUCCAAGCUGGCAGGUACAUCACAUCACAUAAAUCCUGGAUGAAAACCGUGCCUACUGAAAACUGCGAUGUGGUCAUGACAUUUGCAGACACGACAGAUGAUCACACACUGCUCUGGCUGCUGAACCAUGUGCGACUGGGAAUUCCUGAGCUAAUAAUGCAGAUCCGUCAUCACCGACACACCCGAAUCUAUGCCUUCUUUGUUACAGCAACAUAUGAAAAUUUGCUCCGCGGUGCAGAGGAGAUUGGGCUACGUAAAUCUUUGAAAGCAGAGUUUGGGGGUGGAACCCGUGCUUUUUCCUGUGAAGAGGACUAUAUUUAUCAGAACAUUGAAAAUGAGCUGAACUUUUUCACAUCUCAGGAACGUCAGAGCAUCAUCAGGUACUGGAUGGAAAAUCUCAGAGCUAAACAUGGGGAAUCUCUGCACAACAUACACUUCCUAGAAGGGCAGCCAAUCAUCCCUGAACUAGCAGCCCGUGGAGUUAUCCAGCAGGUGUUUCCCGUUCAUGAACAGAAGAUCCUGAGUCGGCUUAUGAAAUCCUGGGUCCAGGCAGUAUGUGAGAGACAACCCCUGGAUGAAAUCUGUGAGUAUUUUGGAGUGAAGAUCGGCAUGUACUUCUCCUGGCUUGGAUUCUACACAUCGUCACUGGUCUACCCUGCUAUCUUUGGAAUGAUGCUCUGGUUUUUCACUGAAUCUGACCAGACCAGUCGAGAUAUUUGCUGUGUGGUCUUUGCUCUCUUCAAUGUUAUUUGGGCUACUUUGUUUCUGGAAGGCUGGAAACGUCGAGGGGCUGCACUGGCAUACAAGUGGGGGACGUUGGAUACCCCUGCUGAGUUUAUUGAGGAGCCACGAUCACAGUUCAGGGGUGUCAAGAGAAUCAGUCCAGUGACAAACUGUGAAGAGUUCCACUACCCCCCAUGGAAGCGUCUUUUAUUCCAGUCCUGUGUCAGUCUACCCAUCUGCAUGUCCUGUCUCUGCUUUGUCUUUGUUGUGAUGCUUGCUUGCUUCGAGCUGCAGGAGUUUGUCCUCAGUAUAAGAGAGCUCCCACGACUUGUUCGCUUCCUCCCCAAGAUCCUCUUGGCCAUUAUAGUUAGUUCUUGUGAUGAGGUGUACAGGAAGAUUGCGUACUGGUUAAAUGAUAUGGAGAAUUACCGUUUACAGAGUGCCUAUGAGAAACAUCUAAUCAUCAAAAUUGUUUUAUUCCAGUUUGUAAAUUCCUAUUUAAGUCUUUUCUACAUUGGUUUCUACCUCAAAGACAUGGAAAGACUGAAGGAGCAACUGCUUGUUUUCUCUCUGCCCAAUAGCUUCACCCGUCAGAUUAAAGCCGCCCUCCUUCCUUUCCUCACCCUCCAGUACCAACUGUUCCUCAUCUUCCUCAGGGCACUUCUCAGAUCAGCCCGGCGCUUCUUCAGGUCUAAAAUGCUAGCCACACUACUGGUCAUUCGCCAGUUUCUGCAGAACGUAAAGGAGGUCUCGCAACCCCACCUGUAUCAGAGAAUGCAGCAAGGAGAGAUGAAUGCUAAAUCCAUCUGGCUUAUUAUUCAGUAUGGACUAAGAAGGCUUGUGCAGAAGUAUGCCUUUCCUCAGUGCUUAUCUAGGCCACCUGGAGAUCCUCUGGAGACUGGUGUAGGGGGACGUAAGAAGUGUUUGAAUGGAGGUUGUGGUGUCCCGGAGGAGGAGGAAGGUGCGUUCUCUGAGGAGGAUGAAUCGGAGGAAGAAAGUAUUAUGGAUUGUGGACUGAAAUUGAAAAGGGUUAGCUUUUUGGAAAGAGCGGAAAAGCAAGCAGAAGGGUGCCUACUCUCUCAUCAGGAGGAUGAGAUGGGCUUCUUACAGGAAGGGAGCCCUACACUUGUGGAGAAAGGCAGUGACCCAGCCUCAGUUUUCCAGCUGGGUGAUGAUGAUGAAGAAGAUGAGAAAGAACUUGGGGCAGGGCUGCAGGAAUUAGAGGAACAGGAACCUGCAGUAAAGCUAAGGCCACGGAGGAGGAGGAAAAGGAUGACAAUGGAACCUGAGAUUGGUAAGGAAGGUGAGGACGAUGAGGAAUCUGUGAGAAAGCAGAAACGAGAGUCAUGGAUGAACCCUCCUGAAGACCAUUAUCCCACAAAGUUAACUCAAGCUGAGGUGGAAAGUUGUAUGAAGAAGUAUGAGGAUACCUUCCAGGAUUAUCAAGAGAUGUUUGUUCAGUUUGGCUAUGUGGUCCUUUUCUCAUCUGCUUUUCCCCUUGCUGCAGUAUGUGCCCUUGUCAAUAACAUCAUUGAAAUUCGCAGUGAUGCCUUCAAACUCUGCAGUGGAUUUCAGAGACCGUUUGGUCGCCGUGUGGACGGAAUUGGACAGUGGCAAAAUGUAAUGGAGGCAAUGGGUGUAAUAGCCAUUAUUGUGAACUGUUACCUGCUUGGACAAUGUGGACAGCUUCAGAGACUGUUACCCUGGCUUGGUCCUGAAUCAGCAAUUAUAUUUAUUGUUGUCCUGGAGCACUUUGCACUGCUCCUGAAGUAUAUAAUACAUGUGGUGAUUCCAGAUAUUCCAGGAUGGGUGGCAGAGGAGAUGGCAAAGCUUGAGUACCAGAGGAGGGAAGCAUUUAAGAAACACGAGCGCCAGGCUCAACAUCGUUACCAACAGCAACAACGCAGAAAGCGUGAGGAGGAAGAGAGACAGCGCCAUGCUGAUUACCAUGCACGAAAGGAGCGAGAGUCGAGGGGUGGGGAGGAAGGAAGAUCUGGGCAGGACUCUCAAACACAUGACAAAAACUCAAGUAAAAGUAAGCCAUGUGGUCCCCGAGGGGGCAGUUCUCAUGACAAACCGAAAAGGCCUAGCUCCCUGCUGGCCAGCAAUAAUGUGCUGAAACUCAAGCAAAUUAUACCCCUGCAGAGCAAAUUCUUGUCAGGGACCAAUGCCAAAUCUCCACAAUCUCCUCCAGGGGGAGAUACCAAAAUUCCCAGCUUCUUGAGCUUCAAGUUCUUGAAAUCCCCUGAAACACGGAGAGAAGCGCAACCAGAGAGAGCCCACUCUCCAACCAAGCCUUUCCAUCCUGGCAAGUUGUUUAACUUUGGCAAAGGGGAAGGGCAAGGGCAAAUGGGUGGCAAUGGUUUAGCAGCACCUAUAUCAAUACAACCUCGAGGGGCAACAGCUCCGACUGCCUCUACAGAUGGGACAGUUCCUGGAAAGUCUCAGCUUAAUGGAGUUUCAGAAGACAUGCCUGUGGAUGAGACAGAAGAAAGCCAGGGAAAGGCACAUAAACAGUGAACCACUUUUGUCCUACAGCUGCCUCCAUUUCUCUUUUAGAUAAGGGCAAGACAGUGCUGUAAGAGGUGGGUUUUUGUCAGGGGAAAUACUUUCUCUGAACCUCUCGGAAUCCAGGGCAAGGAGGAUUCCCCAGAUGAUGAAAUGCCACCUCGCUUAGCUACACUGGUGCAAUCUGCUCUGUACAAUGGUGCCACCUUGACACAAGAAGGAGUUGCGUUGUAUCAUGAUGCUUGGUAUCAUUAUACAGUUCGAGCCUUACUGGAUCAUGAACAAUCUGAGCUGUGUAUUGUUACUGGGUAUCUAUAUACAUCUUAAGCUUUUUGAUAAGUGGAAUUUGUUUUUGCCAAACACUGCGCUGUACCAUGGUAAUGGCAAUGAGUAUUAUGCACAUGUUGGGUCUUCUCAUCAUAAUGAAGUUGUGGUGUACACAGUAACAGAAUAUAUCCAAUACAUAUCUGAGCCCUCAGUGAGCUUGCCAAGGUGUAAACCGAUGGUGAGUGUUUCUGUGCAGAACACUUCCACUCUGUCCUCCUGGCCAGAUAAAUUGCAAUAUACUAUAGGGCAUAAAAUCUUUUUCAGCAUUGGCUAAGGAAUGGAGAUGCAUUGGGGGUAUUGUAAAUGGCAUUCUCUCGGGCAUUGUCUUUUCAUAAGUCAGUCUUGCUAAGGAGGAGUUAAAGGUAUCACUACAACAGUUUACCAUGGA